AUGUCCAGCGACUUGGAAGUUUUUGACUCCACUCUAAAGGAGUUUAUCGGCCUCAGACCGCCCGGAGUAUCCGGGUCGCGUAUCAAGAAGCUCACCAAGAUUGCCAUUGACAACGUUGAAGUGUGUACUUUAGGAUUCCGUGGAGUUUCUAAUCCAUCGCCUACUAACCCCAGACUACAGAGCGAGUCCCAGAUCGUCCAGAAACUGUAUAUUCACUGUAAAGGUAUCCAACCCUCUCAUAAAUUAGGGGCACUAUACGUGGUUGAUUCGAUAGUGCGUUCCUACGUCGACCAGGCAAGGAGCUCCGGUCAGACAAUAGACGAGUUAGCCAAGGACGGGACGUUUGCCAGAGGCGCAUUCAACAUCCAAUCAUUGAUUGAAAACCUGAUCGACGACGCGCUUGCGGCAAGUGACGACCAUGCCGAUAAAAUCCUAAAACUUGUAAGCAUUUGGGAGACCCAUAAGACGUUCAGCGAUGCGGUGAUCAAAUCCAUCAAGGCCAAACACUUUACUUCGACUACUCCACCAGGAUCACCACCUAAGAAGGCUGUUGCUAAUACCACUGCGGAUCCAAGGGUCGAGGCUAACAGCGCAAGCAGCGCUAGCACGGCUGAUAAGGACCCGUCGAGCAUUUUGCAGGCACUGGCCUCUUUGGCCAACAAAGCUCCUGCUGUCAAUGGGCUUAACCAGGCACCCAAUCGGGUACUUAGUCCGGGACUUCCACAACCACCAGCCCAAGUGGCUCCUCCACCACCUGCUAACGAUCCCAACGCGAUAUUCCAGAUGCUGCAAAACCUUAAGGGAAACGCUAACCCGUUACCACCGCAGCAGCAGAUGUACCAGAACCAGGGCCAGCAACCCAAUCUGAGCUACCGUGAUAGAGACGACAGACAGGGUAACAGACGGGGCAGAGAAAGAUCACGUUCUCCUCGUCGUGAUAACCGUCACCCAUUGCCUCCUUCUGGAAGUGUGGAGGGCGAGAAAAACAUUCCCGGAACUCCACAUUACAGACAGAAGUUUGUAACGACCGAUAAUUCGAUUCCGGCUGGUUCCAUCAAGGUUCUCAGCAGGACGAUUUUCAUCGGUGGAGUUCCCCAGUACAUGUCAGAGCAGGAUCUGAUGACUGAACUCCGUCCGUAUGCAGAAGUGCAGAGUGUAAUUCUGAACAGUGACAGAAAGCAUGCUUUUGUGAAGGUUUACUCGCGUGCUGAGGCAGAAUCGGUCAUCUCCUCGUUCACCCAACAGAACAACCCAUCUUCGCUCAGGGCCAGGUGGGGAGUUGGUUUUGGUCCCAGAGACUGUUGCGAUUACCAGCUUGGUGUCAGCACGAUCCCUCUGUCAAGACUCACAGAUGCCGACAAACGGUGGGCUGUAGCUGCUGAAUGGGGCGGAACUGGUGGACAACCACUAGUUCCCGGACUGGUUGUGGAAGAGCCUGAUAUCGAGAUUGGCCAGGGAGUUUCUUCCAAGGCGAUUUCCAAGAAGAUGCCCACUAACAGCGCUCGUAACGGACCUAGGUCAAACAGACCAGGCGAGUUCGAGAGUGCCAAUCACAAUCUGCCUCAGAACCCAAUGGUUAACGCCAAUACCAACAACCCUCUGGCCCAGCUGUUCAACCAGCAACAGCCCCAGAUGGCGCAGCCACAGCAAUUUCCACAGAUGAACUUUGGGGCUCCAGGGGCACCCAUCCAGCCUGCUCAGAUGAACCAAUUUGCCCAGAUGAUGGCUGCUAUGCAACAAAUGCAACAGCCACAAGGACAGGCUCCUCCUCAAGGCCAGGGCCAGCCUACUCCAGAUAUGGCCAACAUGCUGCAAAAUAUUGCCAGUAUGAUGCGUCAGCAGCAAAAUGGGAUGUGA